AUGGAGCAGAAAUUGUCCUCUAUUGACGUACGAACAGAUGAAAUUCAUACAAUGAUGAAAAAUAUAAAUUUGGGAGAAAAGGCAGCUGUACCAGGUAACGUGAAAAUGUUUUACCAUGCAAAGCAUUGUGUUGUGUAAUAGCUCAUUUUAUUCAUUUUGCAAAUAGGUUUAACUGUAAUUGAAUGUCUUAUCGCGUAGUUAGGAUUAUUAAAUUUGACAUUUUUUCAUUAUUUGUAAAAAAAACGCUCAAGAGUACAUGCGGAAACAGAUUUAAACAUUUAAGGAAUUAAUAUGCCUUUUAAAACAUUAUUAAGAUUAAAGCAUUUACAUGAAUGUAAAAUUCACAGUUAGAAACCAGUUAAGAAUGAUGGAGAUGUUUGUUGCUUUUCUCCGAUCAGUAUCGAUGGUUUUGUUAAUCUACCUUGCUAUGAAUCUGAUAGUUUUGCCUGGAAUAAGAGAUGUCAAUGUUACAAGUCUCUAGUACUAUACAUGCUGUGGGAAGCGUGACAAUUGAAAAUUGUAAAAAACCAAUACAACCCCAUUUACACUACGCUCAAUUUUUGGUACGGCACAGAUAAAAUUGGUACCCGUACCACUUUUUUGGUUCUUGGACUAUCUAUUUACGUAGUCCAAGAAUUAAAAAGUGGCACCGUACCAAAUAUCAGCGAGCGUGGUGUAAACGGGGCUUAAAUGUAUAUUUGGCUUUCGAAAGUAACAUAGUUACGUCGAACAAAGUUUACUAACUAUAUAACACAAUCGUUUUUAUAUAAUGUAAGUUAGAAUCUCGUGUUUAUAUUUAACUACUUAAUAAAUUUAAUUAAUUAAUAGCAUAUUAUUAAACCUAUAGAAACAUUACCCAAGUCAUAUGUUCCAAGCGCUGUUCCCUUGUUUACUGGCCGAGAAGAUGAAAUUGAAGAAAUUACAAACCUUAUAACUGGUCAGUCAACACGACUGCUAAACAUCUGGGGAACUCCUGGAUUUGGUAAGACAUCCACAGCUAUUGAAGUAGCACGUCAUCUUUUGUAUCUCGGCAGUCCUGUUUAUUUUUUUAAAUUGCAGGGUAUUAGAACAGUAGAUGGAUUUUUAUCUAAAAUUUUAAGUAUUUUUAAGAGUAAUUUAGCAGAUCUUAGUUUAGCACCUAUUGACAAGCUAGUGAGUAUUCUAAGAGAACUUUCGUGUCGAAUUUUUCUUAUAUUUGAUAAUCUUGAUGAUCUUCUGUUGAGUGAAAACUGUACCGUUAGACUUACGGACUUAUUUGGACAAUUGUUAGACAGUAAUGUUAACGUUAAUGUAGUUUUUACAACGAGGGAGCUUUUAGAAAGUAUGCGCGAUCUAAUAGAAUGUUUUCGAGACAUCCGAAUUCGACCCCUUCAUCCAUUUUGGUCUGUUGAAUUUGUUCGUAAACUUCUUCCUUCAUUUUCUGAAAGUGUUGUUGCAAAUGUGGCUAGAAUUUCUUCCAAUGUUCCUCUGGCAAUGAAAGUCGUUGCUUCGAUAGUUGAAAACAAUAAUGAAGAUAUGGCGGAUAAAAUACUUAAAGAAUUAAGUCUUUCGGGAAAUCUUUUAGAGAUAGGCAGGUCAUUCGAGCAAAACAUGAAAAGGGUAUUCGAGACCCCUUUUGAGCAGCUGAUGUUAAGUGACAAACAUGCGCUGAUUUCUCUAACCGUGUUUUCAUCCAGUAGAAUAAGUAAAGAUGCUGCAGUUGACGUUAUUUUAGAUGAAAUGGGAGUUGUGAAAGCUGUAGAGAGCCUAAAAACACUUGUGAAGAAAUCACUAAUUGACGAAGAUCCCUGUGAAAAAUAUUACUCCAUUCACCCUCUCAUUCAUUCUUUUGUUGUAGAUAAAGCAAAACAAAGUAAUUUUGAGGAUGUUUUUCAAUCCUCUAGAAUUCGCUUUUGUGGUUAUUACUUUCUUCUUUUUGAAAGGAUUAAUGACGAUUUCCUUUCUGGUAAGUCGGUGAAUAUUCCUCAACUGGAAGACGCAAUGGAGCAUCUGUCGAUUGCCAUUUGUUAUUUUACGACAAGCGCAUGUAGUUCGGAAAAUUGCCAAGAUCUUUUUCACAUCUUAUCCAAGUCUGAAAUAUUUCUUUUUCUUUUUGGUUUACCCUACAUUGAAUCGCUAGAUAUUUCCAAAUUAUAUGAUUUUGCUAUAGAAAAAUGCAGAACACAGCAAUACAAUGACGCUUACUCAAAGUUGCAUGUCAGCAAGUAUUUUCAAAGUAUUGCAUUACCACUAUUUUUUUCAUCUAAGUAUUUAGAAAUACCUGAACAUGUACGCGAAGACGUCAUGUUGUCAUCGGAUGGUAGUGCAGCAAAAUUAGGUUGCUAUGAAGGAAUUUCACUAAUUUCCAAAGGAAAUAUGAAGUCAGGUAUUGAAUGUAUUGAAAAACAUGUCGAUGGUUUACAAAAUUUCUCUGAUCAACAACUUAUAAAAUGUUUAUGCCUGCAACUCCUUGCUCUUUUUUAUACUGAUUUAAAUGAGUGCAGUAAAUCGAGCCGGUUGAGUGCACAGGCCAUCGAGGUUUGUAAACAAAUUGGUAAUUACAAUCUCUUUUUAAUUGGUGAUUGCGAGGAAACUUUAUUUUUGACGCAAAAGGAGUACAAAGGCGAGCAAUUAAUAUUGUUUGUCCAUCUUUUAUUUAUCUGGUCAAAACAAAUUUUAAGUCAUGAGACACAACUCUACUUUUUAAACUUUGUUUAUCAAUUGGAGCAGCAGCUUGAAAGUAAGGCAUUUAAUGCUUCACAAUAUUUAUCUCAAAUAUUCGCAUACGGUGAUUGUCUUUUAGCUUUUCUUGGCGUUGGUGUAGGACAAGAAGGUCUUUUCGAUGAAAAGUUCACGUUUCUUAAAAAAUCAGUGAUGUUGGAUGAUUUUUGUUUUUUGUCGGAGAUGUCUUCCGUUUUGUCUCCCAAGCGAUUGCUUAAUUGCUAUACUUUUCAAAUGAUUAUGGACGAUCAAGAAUAUGAAAAAAAUCCAAAUGUUCUUCACACAUGCCGUAACGCACUUGAUCUUUCUCUUAAGCAAUGUGGUAAACAACAUUGGAAUACCGCGUUCUGUUACCUCAAAAUGGGUUUUGCUGAGAAUAAUGCUGAAAAUUAUAUAUCUGCUCUUAAUGCAUUUGACCAGGCUCUGGAAAUCAUGACAGCCACUUAUAAUGAGAGCAGCAGCAGUAAUGCUGAUCUAGCCGAAGUCCAUAUCGGGAAAGGAGAAGCGUAUAAAUGCCUAAACAAAUUUGAAUCCGCCGUUGCAUCUUUUGAAGAAGCACUUAGAAUAAAAAGGAAAUUGUGCGAUGAAAGUACUGAAGAAAUCGCUCAUAUCUUAGCUUUGCUAGGUGAUUCGCAACAGUGUUUCAAUGAUUUAAUUUCUGGUCUUGCAACACUUGAACGGGCUCUGCAAAUAAGGGAAAAGCUGUAUGCUGAGAAGCCAAGCUCCUGUGGGUAUUUAAAAGUAUUUCAAUCUUACUGUGAUAUUGCACAUGUGCACAACGCGCUUGGCAACGACACUGAAGCUAUAAAAUCUUUAAAAACUGCACUUGAAGUGAGCACGGAUUGCGAUCAAGAGCGUUUAAUUGCACAUGGUUUAAUUUUUUUUGGACUUUUAAAUAUGGAGGUAGAUGAAAACGUGUACAUGGAAUUGUUGAAUAGUUGUUUACCAGUGAUCAAGAAAAAUUAUAGGUCGUUAUUACCUACAAUGUAUUUGAGUUUAGGUUCGAAACAAGUUGGGUCAGGAAAGUAUAAAGCCGGUGUAUCGUUCUUUCAAGAAGCUCUUGACAUUGAGUUAGAGAUCACACUGAGAAGCAAUCUUACUAAUCGAGAGAUGACGGUUUCAUCCUACAUUGCCAUGGUUGAAACCUUAUUUGAUAUUGGAAAGUUUAAAUUGACGAGAAAGGCAAUCGAGAGAGCAACUCAAGUAGCAGAAUCACUUCCUGAAUGUAGACAAUAUCUUUGGAUCUUUCGAUGUUAUACAUGGAAGGGCCGCAUUCAAAACAAAAUGCGGAAAUAUAUCACAGCAAUUGAUUCUCUUAAACACGCACUUCUGCAACUUCCACAAAUUUGUCAUCAAUCCUGUGAUAAACUCGAAGAAUUUCAAUGUCAUAGUGCGAUUGCAACAGCUUAUUUCUAUGUUGGAUCUUAUGAAGAUGCGCUUAGGUCAUUUUAUGACUCAUUGUCUGUCAUUAAAGGUCGUUUUCCGGAGGGAAGCGAGAGUGAAGCUCAAGUAUAUCUCCUUUUGGCCGAAGUGGCCCAAAAAAUGAAAAACAAAAUUUUGGAA